GAAAAAUGUGACAGUGACUGCCAUCUCGAGCUCUGAAGUGCGAGUCCAAUGGGAUCCUCCAGACCUGAUGUGUGGAAUACUCAACAACUACACUGUUGUACUACAGAACCGCACAUUGAGGUACAAGGUAGCACCAGGCUGCCAGCUGCCUACCCUCCAGCCUCUACAGGUGGUGGUGAACGGAACUACGACGACUGCGGUGAUCACAGAACUGCCAGCCGACAUGCAGUUCCAGGCGACUGUAGCGGCCGCGACUAAGAACGGUGGCUCCGGACCUCCCAGUGCGCCUGUUACCUCUGAAACUCUUACUGCAGUGUCCGAUCCAGUCCGCAACAUGAGUGUAACAGUGACACAGAACUCCACAAAACUGUGGUGGCUUCCCUCCCUGCAACACAGGUGGACCGCUCAGUCAAUUCUUGGUUAA